AUGUCUGGCGUCGCAGCCAUCGAAGAGGAGAGAUCACAAUACCAAGAGCAGCUCGAUAUCAUCCUUCAACAACUCCGAGAUGACCCAGACAGCGCCGAACUUCAGGCUCUACAGGAAGAGCUGACCAACGUUAUUGGUCUUCUCGACGAGAACAUCGCAGAGCUACGACCAAACCAGCCAUCUCAACCUACCCCCAAAGAACCGUCGCCGCCACCACAGCCCGAAAAAUGGUCUCGUGAAAACCACCCCGCCUUUAAGAAGGCCCCUCCGCCCCCGGAAGAAAAGGAAGAGCCUCCAGUCACGUAUCAUGUGAACGACACCGUCAUGGCCAAAUGGGUAUCCGGAGACAAGAAUUUCUAUCAAGCCAGAAUCACUUCCAUCACCGGGUCGUCCGCCGCACCGAUAUACACUGUCAAGUUCAAAAGUUAUGACAAUACAGAGACUCUAAGAUCAAAAGACCUAAAGCCCAUUUCUAAUAAGAGGAAAGCUGACGACCCUCCGCCGCAGCCGUCGGCUCCAGGUGUUGUGUCGUCUGCUGGGGCUACAAUGUAUCCUGGUGCCCAGCACGAAGCCCAGCAGGAUGCGGAGGCUGCGCAAGCCCCGAAACCGAAAAAGAUCAAGGCCAAGAAAGAGCUUGAGGCCGGCAAGGCUAAGUGGCAAGCAUUUAAUGCAAAGUCUAAAUUUGGCAAAACGAAUAAGAAGGAUAGCAUGUUCCGCACGCCGGAGGGUAUUCAUGGAAGAGUGGGCUUUACUGGCUCUGGCCAAGCUAUGCGGAAAGAUCCUACUCGAUCUCGUCAUGUUUACCAGGUAAACGAAGACCUAGACUAA